AUGACCCUCACUGAAGAACAGAAACUGAUGUGUGCUGACUACCAACUAAAAAAUGAGGCAAAUGCAUGGUGGAAGUCCACUAAACCCAUCCUAGUGGCCCUACAGCCUAACCUCACAUGGGAACACUUUAAAGUGGAGUUCUACAACAACUACUUCCCAGACAGUAUGAGGGAGAGAAAGGAAAUAGAGUUCAUGGAGCUGAAACAAGGGUCCAACUCUGUAUUGGAAUAUCAACAAGAUUUUGAGAAGUUGUUCUUCUUCGCACCUGAGCAUUUGAAGGGGGAUCAGGCAAAGGUGAAGAGAUUUGAGAAAGGGUUAAGACCCACUAUAGGGGCUAUGUUAGUGGCUCAGUACCUCCACAAUUAUGCCCAGGUGGUUCAGGCUACCAAAUCCAUUGAGGAUAAACAAAGAGAGAACUAUCAUACCAUCCAAGGGAAGAGGACAGUGGCACCUAGCAGGUUUGGUAAGGGGACAUAUUCUAGUGCAGCCUCAGACAGCAAUGGGGACCCAACUGAAUUUCAGCACAGCAUUCCAUCCACAGAUAGAUGGGCAGUCAGAGAGGACUAUACAGACCCUAGAGGAUAUGUUGUGGGCUUGUGUAUUGGAUAUUAG